CAGGAACCUUCUGUCAGUGGGAGGCCAGACUCCAAACAAGAUGGAGACUCUUCAUGCCACAUUACUAACGUGCCUUUCCCUGGGACAGCCUCUAUGCUGGAAAAUGACAGGUCAUGAUGUUGACACAUUGGCCAGAACUCCAGAAGCUGUGAUAGACACUCAAGGAAAGGGUUCUCACUUCCUGGAGCAAUGCUAUGUCCCCUGCCAUGGGGGAGCAGAAGAGCCUCCCUGGGCCUCCAAGGACGACAGCUGUUUGGAGAGUCUUAUAAGUGACCAUUCCAGAAUUUCUGAAUAUCAGAAAUUUCUGUGUGAGAUUGCUCAGAGUUCUUGGAGUAAAAUCCAUCUUAGCCAGAGACAGGACCAUCAGAAACACUGUCCACAGACUCUGGUGAAAAACAAGCCACAGCUGUUGGCUCUGGUUGUUAACAUUCUGAGUUGCAUUUCCCACCCUGAUAACAAUACACUGCAUCAAAGAGACAGAGCCCACAGCAGCGGCCACUGCAAUAAUAUCAUCGUUCCUGGGUCACCCCACAGCCAGCAUGAGGAUCACAUUGAAACAAUGGCCUACCAGGGCAGCAAGGGCCAGGAAGCCGUCACUGACAGCCCCAGGCUGGAACUCCAUCAGCAGGUCCCCUUAGGAAAGGAGUCCUCUGAACCUAGGACACAGGAGGACACCAGGCAUAGCUCCAGUGUCCCCAUUCAACAAAGUGCUCAUCCAGGAAAAAAGCGCUACUGGUGUCACGAGUGUGGCAAGGGUUUCAGUCAGAGCUCAAAAUUUCAGACUCACCAGAGAGUGCACACAGGGGAGAAGCCCUGUAUCUGCCCAGAGUGUGGGAAAAGCUUUAACCAGACCUCACACCUGUAUGCUCACCUGCCCAUCCACUCAGUAGAGAAGCCCUACCGGUGCCACACCUGUGGGAAAGGCUUCAGCCGAAGCUCAGAUCUCAGCAUCCAUUGUCGAGUGCACACUGGAGAGAAACCUUACAAGUGUGAGGUGUGUGGGAAGGGCUUCACGCAGUGGGCACACCUUCAGGUUCACAAGAGAAUUCACACAGGAGAGAAACCGUAUAAAUGUGGAGAGUGUGGCAAGCACUUCAGCUGUAGCUCAAACCUUCAUGCCCAUGAGAGAGUCCACACUGAGGAGAAACCCUACAAGUGUGAUGAGUGUGGGAAGUGCUUCAGCUUGAAUUACAACCUUCAAAGCCAUCAGCGUGUCCACACAGGAGAGAAGCCAUAUAAAUGUGAAGAGUGCGGGAAGGGUUUCAGUUCAGUCUCAAGCUUCCAAAACCACCAGCGGGUCCAUACAGGAGAGAAGCCAUUUCACUGCAAUGUGUGUGGAAAGGGCUUCCGUCAGAGCUCAUAUUUUCAAGAGCACCAGAGAAUUCACACUGGGGAGAAACCAUACAGAUGUGAUGUGUGUGGGAAGUGCUUCAGAAAUACCUCAAUCCUUCACACCCACCAGAGAGUCCACACUGGUGUGAAGUCUUUUAUUUGUCAGGAAUGUGGGAAAGGCUACAGUCAUGCCUCAAGUCUGCAGGUUCAUCAGAGACUCCACACUGGUGAGAAGCCGUUCAAAUGCCAUGUGUGCCAGAAGCGCUUCAGUCAGGCCUCAAACCUCCAGGCCCACCAGAGGGUGCACACGGGGGAGAAGCCCUACAAAUGUAACACGUGUGGGAAAGCCUUUAGCCAGAGAUCUUAUGUCCAAAUCCAUCAGAUAAGUCACACUGGGGAGAAGCCAUUCAAGUGUGAGGAGUGUGGGAAGGAAUUCAGAUGGAGCUCAGGGCUUAGUGCUCACAGGAGGGUCCACACAGGACAGAAACCCUUCACAUGUCAGCAGUGUGGGAAAGGCUUCAGUCAGGCCUCAUAUUUUUAUCUGCACCAGAGGCUCCACACUGGGGAGAGACCCUACAUCUGCAGCAUCUGCUCUAAGGGCUUCAUUCAGAGAUCACAUCUCGUCUACCACCAGAGGGUCCACACUGCAGGGAAUCUCUAGGUUCUGCUGUCAGGUGGGCCCCAUGCUGCUGAUUGUUAAAAGCCUUCAAAACUCAAAAGACUUUAUAAGACUUCGUAAGACUAUAAGGGACUUUAUUUUGCCUUCAAGUCAUUCUAUGGGCUCAUUAUGCAAAGGGAAGAUACUUUUUUAGCAUAGAAACAAAAAAAAGACAUAUAGAAAAACUUUAUGAUAUAAAAGGAAGAAUUUUCAAUUGUCAGGAAUAGACCCAACAGAAAUUACAGUGCCUCAUAUUAAUGCUGAGAUUAUGUCAUUAUUAGUAAUAAUGAAGAUUGGCAAAGAGUUUGUAGGAACUCUUUGGCAGAAGUUAGCACCAAAAUAUCCUAAAAGCAAGUUUAUAAAAAGAACUAAUUGGAUUUUCCCUCAUACUGUAAAAAGAACCUCUGAAAUUCUGAAGCUCCUACAUUUUAUACUGAUGCAAAUAAGUUGGAAAUGGCUGGUUACAAGGCAAGAAAAAUUGGCAAAUUCAAAGCCCAUAUGCUUCAGUCUGAAAAUCAGAGUUGUAUGCCGUUCUUAAAUUAUUAGAUUUUCCUGAAUCUCUUAAUAUAGUUACAGACUCAAUAUGCAGAAAGAGUUGUUUUGGACUUAGAAAGUAGUAAACUUAUUUAGGAUGAUUCAAAAUUAACUUCACUAUGUAUUCAACUACAACAGUGAUCAAAAAUAGACAUCAUCUAUUGUCUAUAACAUCAGAUCCCAUAUGGGUCCAUCAGGCCCUCUAACAUAAGGUAAUUAAGAACUUGAUCAUAAGUUAAUAGGAAAUGUGCUAGAAGCUUCAGAAUUUUAUAAGAAAUAACAUGUUAACAGCAAAAGUUUAAAAGUGAUUUUAUCUGCCACUUCAAGAAGCCAAGGAAAUCUUAAGAAAAUGUCCUGCUUGUUCUUUCCAUAACCAGACUCCACUACCUACACAGAGUAACCAAAAGAUACCUAGAGAAACGAAAUUUUGCAGAUGGAUGUGUUUCAUUUCAUAGUUUGGAAAAUUAAACCUGUCCACCAACCAUAACUACAUGUUCACUGUUUCAGUGGGAAAUUGCUAUCAUUUCUCAAGAGCUGGCAAUGUAAUUACACAUUUUUUAGACAUGGCAUUUAUAGGAAUACCUGUACCAAUUAAAGCUAACAGUGCUUCAGCAUGUCUCUAGUAAAAGGAAACAAUUCUAAAUAAAAUAAGAUGUAUAAGCAUAA